GAUGGAAUCAAAUUUUUUGAAAAUCUCUCCAUAGUCCAGAGUCCAUAAUCCAUAGUCCAUACCCAAGCUCACCCAAAAGAUCUAGUCGGACUCAGACGAGACAGCAGCGCCCCCGGUGACUAUGGAGCUUCACCGGCAUCAGUCAAUGUAUGAGCUGACCAAGACGAGAGUUUGACUAAUCGCCGUUAGAAACCAAGACGGAUCAUUUCCCAAUAACCACCACUCUCUACCUUUCGCCGUCUAAAAGUCACUCGCACCAUGUAUCUAUGCGUAUAUACAUACCUGUAUAUUGGGCGUACCCAAGGGUGGAAACUGUGAUGGCCAGCUGCGCCGUGGAAGGAGGCUGCCCUACCGAUUACAUCGCCAUCUCCAUCUCCCUCAUCUCCCUCAUCUUGCUUCUCACACGGUCAACCUUACCAUGUCUAAUUCACAAGGUUUCUAGGCCUAAAGGCAGCAGUUUUUGGCUUCCUGCAAUUCAAGUUUUUGCCAGCUUCAACCUUCUGCUGUCAAUUGUGAUGUCCGUAAACUUCCUGAAAUUCAGAAAAAGGCAUUGGUGGCAAUCUUGCUACACUUGGGCAGUAUGGUUUGAAGGUCCUCUUGGAUUUGGUUUGUUACUGAGCUGCCGCAUUGUCCAAGCUUCACAACUGUAUUACAUAUUUGCGAGGAGACGUUUACCACCUAUUAGAUCAUAUAUUUUUCUUCCCUCCAUCCUCUUUCCCUGGAUUGCUGGAGCUGCAUUUCUUCACAUGAAAAAGCCUCUAAACCAUCGAUGCCACUUGAGGGUUCAAUGGACUAUCCCAGUUGUUUGCUUUCAUGCACUGUAUGUUGCUGCUUUGGUUGGUUUCACGGGAGCCAUUCGUCACAUAGAGUUUAGGUUUCAUGAACUCAGAGACCUAUGGCGUGGUAUAUUUGUCUCCACUUCUUCCAUUGGAAUUUGGGUCAUUGCUUAUUUGUUGAAUGAAAUUCAUGAUGAUAUUGAUUGGCUUCAAGUUGCCUCAAGAUUUCUACUGUUAACCAUGGCAAGUGUAUUUGUACUUGCUUUCUUCUCUAUUUCAAGUUCUCAACCUUUGCUUUCCCAAAUGAGUUUGAGAAAAAAUGAAGUACAGGAAGUUCCAACAAUGGGUCAGGCACUCGGCAUACCUGAUAGUGGGCUACUAUUACUGAGGGAAUCAGCUGCUGUUGUAGAUCCUAUUGUACCUUUCGAUAAACUUCUUUUGAACAAAAGGUUUCGUCAGUCUUUUACAGCAUUUGCAGAUAGUUGCUUAGCUGGGGAGAGCUUGCAUUUCUAUGAUGAAGUGCAUGAGCUUAAUAAGAUACCUGCUGAAGAUACUAUUAGAAGAAUAUAUAUGGCAAGGCACAUUAUCGAGAAGUACAUAGUUCCAGGUGCAGUAAUGGAAGUGAAUAUAUCUUACCGAACUCGACAAGAAAUUUUGACCACUCCUGAUCUGGCACAUCCUGAUCUUUUCAGAAAUGCACUAAAUGAGCUGGUGCAGUUGAUUAAAAUGAAUUUGGCAAAUGAUUACUGGUCAUCUACAUUCUUCCUGAAAUUCAAAGAAGAUGCUAGUAUCCGGGCAGCUGAACAUGAGCUGGAUCAUGUUACUGGUUGGACCCACUCCCCUAGGUUGAGUUCUGUUCAUGCCUCUGAUGAUCCUUUUCACCAAGAACAUCUUCCCAAGGACUUUAGCCACUAUAGCGAUGAUUCACAUCCACAAGGAAACGAGGACCUUCAGCAAUUUUAGUGCUUUUUACUCAAUCUGGCAUAAAUGCCGGGGGAUACAUGAGUUUCUACAUUUUACUUGCGCUGGCUUAGCAAAGUACAUGAAAGAAAGAUGGAGCCAGAUAGAAGCUGAUUGAACUAGUCAAUGUUGGAGAAAAAUUCAUCUAUAACUUGUGCGACCAUGAACAAACGUCGCUUUUUACUAUAGCAGGUUUGUCUUUGUUGAUUUAAAUGGUUUAUUGACCAUAGUGGGGGAAAUCAGCCAAGUUUCUGCUCAACUUAUAAUUUAGACCUUGGCCAUAGCUGCUUCUUGCAAAGCAAUGCUCACACACAUUGUUGAGAUGAUAGAUGCACUUCUUUCGCACAGCUCAUAGUGCUAUGCAUAUGACAAGGACGUAGGCGCUGCAUUUGGAUAACAUGAAGGCAUGUGCUGGAUCUUGGAGCCAUGCCGAGAUGAGAUUAGGAAAAUUAGUUCAUCUAGAUUAUGAUCUCUUUUUCCCUUGAAAAUUAUAGGGUUAUUUUAGCUGUGAUUUGAAUGAAACUCUAAUUGUAGCUUUUAAGAUUUGAUGAAUCAAGAUAGCCCUUUUGAGUGUGCGUGCGUGCGUGUGUGUUGCAUCUCCAUGGUUUUCUUCUAGUUUUGGCAUCCCUUCUGCCUGGUUAAAGUUACCUUAUUGUUGUAUUGAUUAAUUUCCAUCUCAACUGCCCGGAAUUCCUAUGGCAGUGCAGCUGUACGAAUUUCAUCAGAACUUAAUGGUUAUUGGCUAUAUUGUACACUGUACAAAA